UGUAUGUAUCAUUGUAUGUUAAUUUUAGAGAGAGAAAGAGAAGAGAGAGAAAGAGAGAGAACCGCCAGCUCCUUCGUAUGCUUUCACUGCACCACCAGAAAAAUACCCCCAACCGAACCCCCCUCUUUCUCUCUCUCUCUCUAACAGUAGCUCCAAAACCUUUCUCUGCAACUCUCUAGAUGUAGCUUAACCCUAGUAAGAAAAACGAAAACCAUGUGUUUCGACCUCCAAUCUGUACUCAAAAAUGGUGUUGCUUGUUGAUUCUUGUUCCUUUUCUUUGAACCCAUGAUUUGAAGCUGUAUAUAUAUAUAUAUAGUUAUAUGUGAAUAUAUAUGCAAACGCGGAUAUUCAUUGUUUUUUUCCUCAUAAAUGCGGUGGUGUUAGCUGGUUCUGAUGCACAAGCUGUGCUUUUCCUUUUAAUUUAUUGUGGUAUAUGAGCAUUGGAUUUUCAGAUGGUUGAGCUUAUUAUGCUGGUGUGAGUGUACGGACUGUGGAAGAUUUUGAAAUGUAGUAGAAUUAGGGGAAAUCGAGCUAGUAAAGUUUGAAUAUAUCGCGCAAUUUGCACAAGUUUGUGUAGGAUUUGGGGUUUUUGGAUGUACAUUUUGGUUCAGGAGGUGAAGGAGGUUGAGAUUUGAUGAUUUUGUGAAGUAUUGGCUUCGAAUCGAUGAAGAAAUUUCACUGGUUUAAGCAAACAUUCAGCAAUGGUAAGCUCGAGCGGCGACUAUCUCUCGGAGAGUACAAACGAGCGGUUUCUUGGUCCAAGUAUUUGGUGUCAUCAGGAGCGGAGAUAAAAGGAGAAGGAGAAGGAGAAUGGAGUGCCGAUAUGUCGCAGUUGUUUAUAGGGAAUAAGUUUGCGUCGGGACGGCAUAGUAGGAUUUACAGAGGAAUGUAUAAGCAGAGAGAUGUAGCAAUUAAGCUUAUAAGUCAGCCUGAGGAGGAUGGUGACUUGGCUGCUUUGCUGGAGAAGCAGUUCACUUCAGAGGUCGCUUUGCUGUUUCGAUUACACCAUCCGAAUAUCAUAACAUUUUUUGGAGCAUGUAAGAAACCCCCUGUGUUUUGUAUAAUCACUGAGUACUUGGCAGGAGGCUCCCUAAGAAAAUACCUCCAUCAGCAGGAGCCAUAUUCACUUCCCCUCACCCUAGUUCUGAAGUUGUCCCUUGACAUUGCACAUGGGAUGCAAUAUCUUCAUUCUCAGGGGAUACUACACAGGGAUCUCAAAUCAGAAAAUCUACUGCUUGGGGAAGAUAUGUGUGUGAAGGUAGCAGAUUUUGGAAUCUCAUGCUUGGAAUCUCAAUGUGGCAGUGCAAAGGGAUUCACGGGUACUUACCGUUGGAUGGCACCAGAAAUGAUCAGAGAAAAACACCACACAAAGAAAGUUGAUGUUUACAGUUUUGGCAUAGUCUUGUGGGAGCUUUUAACUGCAUUGAUACCAUUUGACAACAUGACUCCUGAACAGGCCGCGUUUGCAGUCUGCCAGAAGAAUGUGAGACCACCAUUGCCAUCCACAUGCCCUAUGGCAUUUAGACAUCUCAUCAAACAAUGCUGGUCAAGGAACCCUGACAAACGACCACAUUUUGGGGAGAUAGUCAAUAUCCUAGAAGUUUAUGCAGCUUCUCUCGAGCAGGAUCCAGAAUUUUUUUCAUCCUAUAAACCUUCUAGUGAUCGUACUCUUUUGUGUUGCCUGCCGAUGUGUAUUGGAGCCCAUAGAUCUGCUUCUUUAACAGUUCAAAAACAGUUGUGAAAUUGUGUGUAAUGCUAAAAGUAUCAUGUUGUUCUUUUGUUAUCUAGGUCUCAAUGUUCAAUCAUGAUGUUAAACUUAUAUAGCUUUCUUUUUCUUUUCUUUUGGUUGGAAUAUGUAAGAACAUAAAAUGUUUCAAGGAAUUGGUGACUCUAGAUUAUGUGAGAAUCCAAAGGUUGGAAUUUAUAUUAAAUAGAAAUCAGAAAUAUUCUGUUUCAGUCUA